AUGUUACAUCUUUUAAAUUAUGAUGCUGGAGAUUUUGUUUGUUCAUUAAUAAUGUUAUUCAAUCCAAUAAAAUUAAACAAUAUAAGCAUAUUCAAUGAAAACUAAUAUUAGAAUUAUAUAAAUACAUCUCUAGCAUUUUUUGAUUCUAUUUUGAAUCAUGAAACGAAUUUCAUAUUUUUUUAAGUUCUAUUAACUAAUGUAACUCUAUUCUUAUGCUUGUUGAUUAUUUAAAUAAGUGCAAUUUAAAGAUCAUUAAAGACAAUGCUAUAGUUAUAAAAUGGUUAGAUUGUACCAUUUAUUUCUAUUAUAUAUUUAACCUUCAAAAAAAUGAAGUGUUAAUUCAGAGAAUAGUUGAUGUCUGCUUAAAGGGAUUAUGAAACUUUUUGUUAAAAGUUAAACUUAAGGUCUGACAUUUCCCAAGAAUAAUUUAAAAAUUAAAUGUUCUUAAAUUUGUUUAAAUUAGAAUCAUAGUAAUUUAUGA